AGCAAUUUGCCUGCAUGUAUGCACUAGUUCAGACAUUCCCCUUCCUGAUGUAAACCAAUUUAGUACCUGGACUGAGCUACUAAAGGCUACAGUGACACACAGUGACCCUUCAUGGGGCGGCUAUAUCUUCCACGCAGUCAACAGAUGAUUCAGAUAGUUACAUCUCAGCAGAGAAGCUCCUACUACAAAAGGCUCAGAAAGAUUCCUUUCCUGAUGAGUUUAAGGCUCUCGCCUCUGAGCGACCGUUACCAUACAACAGCAGAUUAGCAUCCUUAUCCCCCGAGUAUGACAAAGAAAGUGGACUUAUCAGGGUUGGAGGGAGACUAAGACAUGCUAAGCAUAUGGAAUUGGAUGCAAUACAUCCCAUUGUGCUUGAUCCGCAACACAACCUAACCAAGCUUCUGAUCAAGGACUAUGAUGCCUCCCUUUUACAUCCUGGACCAGAAAGAGUCUUUGCUGAGCUGAGAAGACGAUACUGGAUUCUGCGAGGAAGGGAAGCUAUCAAGAAGCAUCAAUAUACGUGUAUGGACUGCCAGAAAUGGCGUGCCAAGCCUAAUAUACCCAAAAUGGCCGACCUCCCACCAGCAUGUCUGUACAAACCCCCAUUCUAUUCCACUGGAAUGGAUUGCUUUGGUCCAUUCACAGUGAAGAUCAGCCGACGAACAGAGAAAAGAUGGGGAAUAGUUUUCAAAUGUCUGACCACCCGUUGUCUCCAUCUUGAUCUCUUAGAUAGCCUUGACACAGAUGCAUUCUUGAUGUCUUUCCGCAGAUUCAUAGCUCGAAGAGGGAAACCAUUUGAGCUUCUUUCCGAUAAUGGUACCAACUUUGUUGGAGGAGACAAAGAGAUGAGAGCAGCCUAUGAAGCCAUGAUGCCUCAACUAAAGGAACAACUCGCAGAACAACAGAUUUCAUUCAGAUUUAUUCCACCUGGUGCCCCUCAUUUCUGGGGAGCUUGGGAACGGGAAGUUAAGUCAGGAAAGCAAGCCCUAAAGGUAGUACUGAAGGAUCAAACAGUGACUGAAACUGCACUGUGUACUGUGCUCACUGAGGUAGAGGGCAUCCUAAAUGCCAAACCUUUGGGAUACGUGUCCUCCGACGUGUCGGAUCCAGACCCAGUUAUGCCUAGCAUUCUCCUAAUGGGCCGACAUGAUUCCUCACUCCCACAAGUGCUCUAUGAUUCAAGUAAUCAAUUGGGAACCAGAAGAUGGAAACAUAGCCAGGUACUUGCUGACCAUUUCUGGUCUAGAUUCAUCCAUUACUAUCUCCCGAAUCUGCAAGAAAGACAGAAGUGGCGUAAAGAUGGAGGAGAAAUUGGUCUAGACCAGGUGGUACUGAUAGUGGACCCACAACUUCCACGUGCAUGUUGGCCAGUAGGUAAAGUGACGAAUAUUUUCCCUGGACUUGAUGGACGUACCAGAACAGUUGCAGUUCAGGUACACAAUCGCACAUAUGUGAGACCUGUAUCCCGUAUAGUCCCACUCCCUAAGCUUUCUGAUGAUCACCCUUUUGAGCCUACUAAUUAGUUAGGGUUUCUCACUGUUUCAAAUGUCCUUACUCACAUUUGGGGGCGGCUAUGUGAGAAAGCCCUAACACGCCCCCUAGUGGAAUGUAGCAUACACAGCUCAUUCAGGCGCAAACGUGCAGAGUCGGUAGCUGAAUUGCGAGUAUGAGUCAGGCUGGCUGGACUGUUUAUUCCACUUUGUGUAUGUUUUCUCCAGUGCGUGAAUGACUGCUGUUCAUGGCACUGUUUUGACAUGGGGUGGAGUCAAGAAAGUGGGGCGUGUUCAGCGGGCCUGGCCACGCCUCCCUCCUAGUGACAUCAUCAAGGCACUUAUCAAGGUCAAGCCAGACAUAGAGAAGAUGGCUAGAACCACUUUUGAUGUUUACAGUCCUGUAAGCUUUGCUUAUCAGACUCUGGAAAGAGGAAUGAACUAUGUGAUCAAUGUGAAUGUCGGAGACGAGUGCGUUCAUGCGAUGGCAUCUGAAACUCUCCCCCAUGGAGAGAAACUGACUGUGCUUAGAAUCCAGUACCCUAAAGCCCUCAGUGACCCUCUGAAACCCUUCUGAACACGUCUAACCGCAUGCAGAAAAUAGUCUGUCUUAUCUAACAACAGACACACACAAUGAUCUGCCAUACUGUAUAGAGGAACUAUUGAAAACUGUUUCAUUCCUCAAUAUUAAACUCAAUAUUCAAACCCUCA